AUGCAUGAAGUGGGCUGAGAAACCAGCUGCUCCAUAAAGUGUGUGAAAGUGGUGGAGAGUACAUGUUACUGAGUUUAUAAGGCGAUGCAGGUCAGGAUGCUGUAAUUUUUCUUAGGUAUUUUAGUUGUACUCAAGCAUUCGCGUUUUUAUUUGAUCUGCAUAUACAGUUGCAUCUGUAAUGGAACGGUGCUAUUUCAAACAAAGCAGUCACUCCAUGGCUCACCUCGCCUCUUUCCCGGCUGGGAGUGCGCUGACAGCCGGCCAUUCCACAGUGCAGUCUUCGGUCAAGACUCGGCAUGCGGUGAAGAGGCAUCACCACAAACACAACAUCAAACACAGAUACGAGUUUCUGGAGACUCUGGGCAAAGGGACUUACGGGAAAGUCAAAAAAGCAGUGGAGAGAUCCGGGAGAGUGGUCGCCAUCAAAUCGAUCCGGAAGGAGAAGAUCAAAGACGAGCAGGAUCUAAUCCACAUCCGUCGCGAGAUUGAGAUUAUGUCUUCACUCAGUCACCCCCACAUCAUCACCAUCUACGAAGUGUUUGAGAACAAGGACAAGAUCGUGAUUGUGAUGGAGUAUGCCAGCAAAGGUGACCUGUACGACUACAUCUGUGAGAAGCAGAGACUGAGCGAGCAGGAGGCCCGUCACUUCUUCAGACAGAUCGUCUCUGCUGUGCACUACUGUCACCGGAAUGGAAUUGUGCAUCGGGAUCUGAAACUGGAAAACAUUCUGCUUGACGGGAAUGGGAAUAUCAAGAUUGCAGAUUUCGGGCUCUCCAACCUGUACCGCCGUGACGAGUACCUGCAGACAUUCUGCGGCAGCCCCCUGUACGCCUCCCCGGAGAUCGUGACGGGCCAGCCGUACCGCGGGCCGGAGGUGGACAGCUGGUCCCUGGGGGUCCUGCUCUACACGCUGGUCCACGGUGCCAUGCCCUUCGACGGACACGACUACAAGAACCUGGUGAAGCAGAUCACCAGCGGGCAGUACCGCGAGCCGACCAAACCCUCCGAUGCCUCUGGCCUGAUUCGCUGGAUGCUGAUGGUGAACCCGGAGCGGCGUGCCACGGUAGAGGACGUGGCUGGGCACUGGUGGCUGAACUGGGGAUACCGCUGCCCCCUGCUGGGAGAGGGCAAGUCUUUGGCAUCAGCGAAGCAUGGCUCAGUGGAGGCUGCCGACGUGUCGGAUUCUGCAGGGGGCCUGGCGGGCAUCGCUGACUGGCUGCGACGCACGUCCCGCCCCCUCUUCGAAAACGGCUCCAAGGUGCGCUGCCUGCUGAGGCCACAGGGGGGCGUGGUGCUGCGCCAGCGCUCGGUGAGGAAGUCCCGCAAGGCGAACGAUGUGUCCCAGACGCUGCAGGACGGGAGUUCCUGCACCAACAAGCAGCCCAAAGGGAUCCUGAAAAAGAGGGGAAGCUUCAGGCAAAAAACACAGGCUGCCCCUGCCGUCGACCCCGUCAAGAUGGAAGAUGCCAAAAUGGAAGACCCCUUUUCCGAUUCCGAAAUGUCACCCCCAACUCCUCCAGCCUCUCCAGUAAACCCGGCCGCUCCCAAGAAAGGCAUCCUGAAGAAGCCUCUGAAGCGAGAGUCCGGCUACUACUCCUCCCCUGAGAGGAGCGACUCCUCCAGGAAUCUGGCCUCCCCGAUCACUCCUCCUCCCGAGGCUUCUUCCCACCUCCGCAAGGGCAUCCUGAAGAGGAACGGGAAGUUCUCUUCCAGCUCUCAGAGUGGGUUCGGCUCCUUGGACGAGCUGGCGGUGUUGGAGUGCGGCUCUACCACCCGAAACCAUCCCUCCAGCGCGAUCAGCGAGGACCGCAUCCUUGACCGACUGGAGCUGCCGGAGGAAGAGGCGGCUCCUGGGAGCGUCUGCGGGGCUUCGGCCAUGCGAGGCUGCGUCUCUGCAGACAACCUCCUGGGAUUGGAUGAGAGCGAGAGGGGGCGGCCCCACCUCUGGAACAUGCGUUGCUACGAGGAGAGGGUGGGCGACAGCGCCUUCUCGCUCACAGACUGCGAGAACGUCACAGAGGUCUACAAACGGGCUGUCGAGAUCCGCGGCAGGAUCAGCUGAGACUUGCCAAAGAAAAACACACCAACUAAAGAACCACUAAGCCAAUUUAGCAAAGAAAAGAGCUGUUUGCUUUGCCCCUUAACAGAGCAAGGAAUGCUGUGUCCUGACUUGAUACCAGCCAGGCUGGUCCUGGACAGUGUGUGUGUGGGUUUUUUUUUUUUUUUUUUAGGGGUUUAAAAAAACAGAGGGGGUUUGUUUUUUCCUGUUCGGUACCCUAUACUACCUUACCAUCCAGCAGUAAGGUGCUGCACAAUUUGACUGAGUAAAUCAGGUUUGUUUUAAAGGAUGUUUUCCUGCACGUGGGUCUAACUGGAAGAGUACAAGCGUACACUGCAGAGGAGACGCCUGGAGUCUCUUCGGCUGGUUUUAAUAAAUAGCAGUGUGCAAAUUUAUUACAACCACCCCGUUGCUGUGCAUGUGAAAUCAAACUAGGCUAAUUUUAGUGAUUGUCUAAUUGAAUACAUUUAGGCUACACAUGGAAUUUAAAAAUAGUAAGAACACAUGGCCACAAAUAGUAAAAUGCAGGAGACUUUUUAGAAGUUGUUUUAAGAUGCCUAAUUUAAAGCACAAAGUGGUCUAACGUUUUCACACAUGGGUGCCUAUUGUUUCUAUAUCACUGAACGUUGAAUUCUCACACCCAGAUGUUUUCAUGCAGGUAGAUAUAUAAAGGAUAAGUCUUGGGGAGUGUUCUAAUAAAUUUGCACAGUACUAAUAUAUAUAUAUAUAUAUAUAUAUAUAUAUAUAUAUAUAUAUAUAUAUAUAUAUAUAUAAAUAAUUAUUUUGUUGUUGGAGAGGGGUUCUUUAGAAAGACUUGGAAAGUUGAAUGGAAAGGGAAAGUUGAGACUGAGAGGGAGGGCUUAGAAAAUGUAAAGCAGGAAUGAACAAAAGUACUGUUCUGUCAUCCAGAGCUAUAGAACACUCUGCAGCGCUACAUUUAGAAAUACUGACGGGGAAAGUACAUUCCAUGACCAACACUGAGAGACCUCUGUAGUUGCAAUGUCAUUGAGCUUCUUCCUUAGUAUAAAAGUGUUUUAAUGAGCCCAGGUGUAGACUUGCAGCGGAGGAGCAGAUGAGAGAUGUUGUCCUCUCAUGUAAACCUGUUUCAGCAGGGUGGGGUGAUGGUGAGGAUUGCUGGUGGAUCUUGCUAGGUUGUGUAGUAGGUGGUCAAAGGAGACACUGACGGAGCUCGGCAGAAUAAUAAUAAUAAUAAUGUGUCGCUUUGUAAAAUGUGACCGGGGCAGAUAGCCCACCAAAGGUUUCUAGGACUGGAAAAUAAUUGUACUACUGAAACAAAUGUUACUGGUGAAAAUCUAGCACUGGAAAAUGUGAACCGGGCAGCCCAAACAUCUACUAGAAUACUGGGUGUGCUCCUUUUUGAUCUCCUGUUUCUAGUGCCUUUACCAAUCGGGGAACAACGUGUGUGUGUGUUCACCUGCUUUGACUGGAAGUUGAAUUGCCAUUUUGUACUUAUUUUUUUUUUUUUUUUUUGUUGAGUUUGUAAAUAUUUGGAAAUGCUAUACAUGCUGUGUAACGAGCCUAUUUAUUUAUUGGUUUGGAAAGCGCUAGAUCUGUUUUUAUAGAGCUCCUGUAAGGGGGUUAUGGUUAUGGUGGGGAUGGGGGUAGAGAAUACACAUGUUAACAUUUAACAACUAAUGCAAGCACAAACACUUUGGAAGUGGUUCGCUUUUGGCCUGGGACUUUUUCUAGUAGUGAAAAGCAGUUCUGCCAACCCUGAACACCAGUAUGAGGAGUUUGAUGGUGCCAUCUCAAGUGUAAAACCAAGAGGGAACUAGCGUGUCGCUUCUCUGUGAAUCCAAGUGGCCGUGUAUGUGUGUUAAAUCAUUACUGGAAGUCUGCAAACAGGUAUUUCUGGAUGAUCUGAAUGUAACAAAAGAAAUGUAUUUGCAGUAUAAGUUUGACUGAAACAAAUGUGAUGUUUUUGUAAUGGGUCUAAUUUAUUUAGUGUUUUUUUGUUCUCUUUUUGUUUAUUCAUUUUGAUCCACAAUGGGUCGCCAAAUAAAACAAAGGAUUUUGAAA